GAUCCUUUUCAAUUGGGCUACAAACCCAGGUUGAGGCUUACCCAGAAAUGCUCGAAAUCUGAAAACACAUCUAAUGCUUCUGGUUGUUAUAAUUUUGGACUCUGACCAGAACUCAUGAAUCGGAAAAUAUCAAAAUUCUUGAAUUGAUGGUCAUGGCCUCGGCUAUUGCUGCUGCUACAUUUGUGUGUUCACCAGCAUCAGCUCCCAGAGGCACAAAAUCAGCCAUAUACAACCCGUCUUCUUCGCUGAUAUCACGCCCCCAAAACCCAAAAUUUCAACUUUGUUCUGUGUUUCCUCCACUGGGUCUUAGUCCUUUCUCACCAUGGAGUGGCUUGAAGCACCUGGGUAUCUCAUUCACGCCGAAAUCUUUAAAAUUAGAGAGGAAGGGAAGGCAUAAGGGUAUGGUGGUUUAUGCAUCUCUGUUUGGGGUUGGAGCUCCUGAGGCUCUGGUUAUUGGGGUGGUGGCUUUGUUGGUUUUUGGUCCCAAAGGUCUUGCUGAGGUUGCUCGGAAUUUAGGAAAGACUUUGCGUGCUUUUCAACCCACCAUUAGAGAACUUCAGGACGUUUCUAGGGAAUUCAAGAGCACCCUUGAAAAGGAGAUUGGUCUUGAUGACAUUUCACCUUCAGCAAUAGACACAUACAAUGCCAACAAAAUGGCCGCUACUUCAACCCCUUCAUCAGCUACCACAACUUCAACCCCUUCAUCGGCUGCCACGGCUGCCCCUUCAUCAGAUGCCACUACUUCAACCCCUUCAUCAGAUGCCACUACUUCAACCCCUACAUCAACUGCCACGACUGGAGAUGCAGAAACCACGGCCGAACCCAAUGGGGCUCCGUCACCAAGCAGAGCAUACACCAGCGAAGAGUACCUAAAAAUCACAGAGGAGCAGCUAAAAGCAGCUGCUGCCCAAAAUCAGGGGCAGACAUCUACUCCAGUGGAAAGUCAACUUGAACCUCAAACUCCAUCUCAAGCUACCGUUGAAGAAACUGCUGCUAGAACUCCAUCGACUCAACAACCUCAAAGUGAGGCAUAAGACCUAGCACAUUAAAAUGGUUAGAAGGAUCCCUGCCCAUGUCAAAAUUGAGAUAUGAAGCCUGACAAGGAUGAAUGAAGCUGAGAAAUCCCAAUUAUAUUGUUCUUUCACAAUUUUUGUCAAUGACACUAGUGAAGUCCUUGGAAUUUCUGUAUAAUUAAGAGUACAAACAUGGCAACCUCAGGAUGUCUGUGAUCUCAUCAGAGUACGAUUUUGACCAAUGCUACUGCAGAUAUGCCAUAUAUUUUUAGAUAAUGACAUUUUUGGUCUUUCA